AACCGUCCGCUUCGAGCGGUCCACAUAAAUAUAAACAUGAUUCAAUGACGAAAUCAACUGGUAAAUGAAGUAAUCAGACGGAAACAGGUUGGCUUGGAUGGGGUAAGACAGCGUGAGACAUCAUUGGUAGACCCGAACGUAGAGAUGGGGAGCUGGGGAGGCGCAGUUAUUAGUGCUAAGCACCGACCUACCUUUUGAUGACGCCCUUUCGAGAUCAACCCCUACUUGUAUAAAGGAAAUUCUCCUCGAGUUGACUCCUCAAAUAUCUUCCAUCUCAUACGGUGGGCUUGGUAAUUUCAAAUAAACACUAUCAAUAUUCAGAUCCCUUAAAACCCACAGUUCAAAAUGCGUUUUACUACAUCCCUUUUCGCGGCUACCCUCGCUGCAGCCCACGUUGUCGAACAGGCCCCUCGGGAUGCUAUGAUCACGCCUGCCCCCGUACUGAAGGGACGUCAGUCAUGGCAAGACUCCCUCUCGUCGGCACUCGCCCAAGCUAGCUCAGCGCAAGCACGUGCCAGCUCCAUCGCACAGCAAUACGGAGGAAAUGGGGCAGAAUGGCGAGCAGCCGAAAGCUCCGCUUUAGCAGCAGCCGCCUCCGCUCAAGCCGUGGCAAGCAGCAUCGCUGCCCAGCAUGGAAAACGCGAGCUUAACGAGCGCCAGGCUUGGGAAGUCGCCGUAUCCGAGGCCGAGGCUGCCGCAAGCCAGGCUGCCGCGUUAGCCAGCAGCAUCGCCGCUGACUUCGGGAAACGGGACGACCACGCACUUGAUGCUCGUCAAGCCUGGAAGGAGGCGCAAUCCGCGGCCGAGAAAGCUGCCAGUGAAGUGGUCGCGAUAGCAAACAGCAUCGCGGGCAACUUCGGCAAACGCCAGGACUGGCAAUCAGUAGUCAACUCGGCCGAAAGCCUCGCAAACUCGUGGGGUAGUGCCGGACAAUCAAUCGGCGACUCGUUCGCUUCCGUCGGAUCCGACGUCGCCAACUCUGCUGAGAGCUUUGGGCAAUCAGUUGCCACCGACGCUCAAGGCCUCGGGUCUUCCAUCGCGAACAGCGCUCAGGGUCUCGGCUCCUCGAUUGCCAACAGCGCACAAAGCUUAGCUACAUCGGUAGUCGACAGCGCACACAGCUUAGCUACCUCGGUAGUCAACAGCAUCGAGAGCGUAGCUUCCACUGCCGCUGACGCCGCUCUAUCUUCUGCUAGUGCUGCCGUUGCCAGCGCUGAGAGCGUUGCCUCUACCGCCACUGGCACCGCCCAAGCAGCCGCCUCGUCCGCCGUCGAAAGCGCCCACUCCGCUGCCUCCGUCGCAUCAAGCGCCGCAUCAGCAGCUUCGGAAACCGCAAGUGCCAGCGCCAGCGGCGAUGUCACCACCAAUGCCGCACCGGGCACUGUCGAACUAUCAUCCUCGCUGCUAAGCAUGUCUGUCGCAGCUUUUGCUGUUCUCCUGGGGGCUGCUCUGUUGUAAUUUAAUAAUUUCGGAAGGUCAAUAAUAUAGAUCCAAGAGCGUUAUUAGGGAGUAGUUAACCAGUAUUUAAAGAUAUUCUUGAGGACUAAUAUGACUUUUAAAGUCAGGUAGAUUUAUUAGUAAUGACACUUCAC